AUGGCCGCAGCUCACCCAACGAAGAAGUUGUUCGGCAGGGAGUUCUACAAGAGCCUGGGGAGCCCGUCAAUGAUACUGGCUCCCAUGGUGGAUAGGUCCGAGUUUGCAUGGCGCAUGCUCACCCGAUCUUUCAUGAACCCUGAUUCGGAUUCCCCUCCCCUCCUCGCCUACUCUCCCAUGUUCCAUUCGCGCCUCUUCAAAGAAAGCCCCAAUUACCGCCUGCAACAUUUCGAAGCGACCCGUCCAAGGUCGAAGACACCCACCACCCCCGCCGCAAAUGAUAUUGAUGGGGGAGCACCACAGUCAAACACCAUUCCUUAUCUGGACGGCAACCCCUCCUUCGACCGACCGCUCAUAGUCCAAUUCUGCGCCAACAACCCAGACGAGCUCCUCCAAGCCGCCCGCGCCGUCGAGCCCUUCUGCGACGCCGUUGACCUAAACCUCGGCUGUCCGCAAGGAAUCGCCCGCAAGGGCCACUACGGCGCAUUCCUCCAGGAGCACCCAGACCUGAUCUACGAGCUCAUCAACACGCUCCACACACAGCUCUCGAUCCCCGUCACGGCGAAGUUCCGCAUCCAGGAGACCAAGGAGAAGACGCUGGAGUAUGCCCGCAUAAUCCUUUCCGCGGGCGCGAGUAUCAUUACCGUUCACGGCCGGCGGCGCGAACAAAAGGGCCAUAAUACCGGCUUAGCUGAUUGGUCAUACAUUCGCUAUCUGCGGGAGAACCUGCCGGCUGACACGGUUAUUUUUGCGAAUGGGAAUAUUCUGAAUCAUGGGGAUAUUGAGAAGUGUUUGGAGGCUACGGGGGCGGAUGGCGUGAUGAGUGCGGAGGGCAGUUUGUGUGAUCCGACGAUAUUUAGCGGGCCGCCGCCGUCGUCCUCGGUGGGUGGCAGCGGUAUGAGGGGGGAAAAGAGAGAUGGGGCUGAGUAUUGGGUGGGAAGGGAUGGGAAGGGUGGAUAUCGUGUUGAUUUCGUACUGCGUCGAUAUAUGGAUAUUAUUUACAAAUACGUCCUCGAGAUUCCACCGCCCGAGAGGAAGCCACUCUACGUGUCUUCCCCAACCGCCACCUUCAGUGCCAACAAUGCCAACAGCGACCCUGCAAAGUGCGACUCGAUCCACGCAUCCCCACCAGUUGAAGAAGCCGAAAAGAAAAACGAAAACGGAGAAGACGCCGCGCCCCCCAAAAAGAAACGCAAAAGGAACAAGGAGGACGCCAAACCCACGUCUCCCAACCUCGUUUCCAUCCAGGGCCACCUCUUCCAACUCCUCCGCCCCCUCAUCUCCAAACACACCCACAUCCGCGACGCGCUCUCCAAAUGCCGCGCGGGCCGGAUGUCCGAGUUCGAAAACAUCGUCUCACUCGUCGAGGCUGCCGUUCAAUCCGGAAUACAGGAGCACGAGGCGUUCCCGGAGCGUUUCGAAACACCGCUGGAAGAAACAGCAACUAAAUCGGAGAUCGAAGAUGAAACAGACGCCCGACCACCCAGCUCGAAGGCUACGGUGGCGCAAUACAAGCGACCGUGGUGGGUAUGUCAGCCGUACGUGCGGCCUUUGCCAGAGGAGGCACUGCAGAUUGGAGCGAUGCAGCCCAAGAAGAGAGAUAUCCUCGUCAGGAAGAACGAGGAGCUUGGCAAGGUGGUGGAAAGGAACGGCGAUGGUGAUGUCGAUGCCAUUGCAGGCACGCCUGAUGGGCUCGCGAGUGGGUCUGAUAAGGAGAAUUGCGCCCUCGUGCCUUCAGCGGUUAGUGGAUGA